AUGUCCCACGCCACGGACCAUGUCGUCACAGCUAGUACGUUCCAUUUCCUACGCAAUGUACUGCUCCUCCCCACUGACAGAACUGACCUGCCACGCCGCCUGUUCCUCUCCCGUUCUUUCAGCCGUCACGGGCUUGGCCGGCGCCACGCUCUCGACCGUGCUCGUUGAACCCUCUGCGACCGCUGCCAAGGCCGUCGCCGCGUCCAUAUUCGAUCCUUCUCACCCCAACCCGGUCGAGUUCGAUUCCACAAAGUGAGCUAUUCGGUUUGGCCUGCCUCUACGACCUGGCCGCCCGAGUGAACGAGCAAGCGGCCACGGUCCUCACGCGACCUGCGCGCGUUCGGAAAGCACGUGCCUCAGCGUAAAGACCGCGUCCUCAUUUCUUCGGACAUGCGCGAUCGGGCGCUCUGGCUCUAGGCAGGUCGCACACUUGAUCGCGCUCAAACUAACCCUGCCUCUUCUUCAACACAGUCCUUUGAUAUUGUUCAUCGUGCAAGCCUUCAUCAUCGUUGCGCUGUCGAGGAUACUCGCCUUCUUCUUGCGCAAACUUCGUCAACCCCAGGUCAUCGCCGAGGUCAUUGGCGGCCUGCUCCUCGGACCGAGUGUAUUCGGUGGGUUCCAGCCGCCAAACAGCUUUCCUUCUUUUCCACAUCCUGACCUUCAUCGUCAUGCACUAUCCAGGUCGCAUCCCCAACUUUACCCGACGAAUUUUCCCAGUACCCUCGGUGCCGUACCUCAAUCUCGUCGCCAACCUGGGUCUGGUCCUGUUCCUGUUCCUCGUCGGACUCGAGACCGACUUUUCGCUCAUGCGCCGCAACUUCAAGGUCUCGACGACCAUCUCGGCCCUGGGCUUGGUCAUCCCCUUUGCCCUCGGCGCCGCAGUCUCGGUCGGCGUGUACGACAACUUUGUCAGCAAGAGCGUCAAGUUCGGCACCUUCUUGCUCUUCAUCGGCGUCGCCAAUGCCAUCACCGCGUUUCCCGUGCUCGCCCGCAUCUUGACCGAACUCGACCUGUUGCAGAACCAUGUCGGAGUCAUCGUCCUCGCGGCGGGUGUCGGCAAUGAUGUCGUCGGCUGGGUGCUCCUCGCUUUAGCAAUCGCGCUCGUCAACGCCAGCAGCGGCAUCAUCAUCCUUUAUAUCGUCCUCACUUCGAUCGGCUGGAUCCUCGCCCUGUGGUACAUCGCUCGGCCUGCCCUCGUCUGGCUCGGCCACCGCACCAACUCUUACGGCGACACGGGCCCUUCGCAGUCCAUGUCGUGCGCCGUCCUCUUCCUCGUCCUCGCGAGCGCGUGGGUCACGGAUCGCAUCGGUAUUCACGCCAUCUUUGGUGGCUUCCUCGUCGGACUCAUCGUCCCCGUUCAGAUCCGCGCGUCCUUGACCGAAAAGAUCGAGGAUCUCGUCACAAUCCUGUUCCUGCCGCUCUACUUUGCGCUCUCGGGCCUCAAGACCGAUCUCGGCUUACUCGCCAACGGUCGCAUCUGGGGCUGGACGAUCUGCGUCAUCGUCGUCGCCUUUGUCGGCAAGUUCGUCGCUUGUGGAGGAGCGGCCAAGGUGUUUGGCAUGACCUGGCGCGAAUCAGGUGCCGUCGGUUCGCUCAUGGCUUGCAAAGGACUGGUCGAAAUCAUCGUGCUCAACAUCGGUCUGAACGCCAAGAUCCUCAACCCCGAAGUGUUUGCCAUGUUCAUCACCAUGGCGCUGGUCACGACGUUCCUCACGACGCCGCUUACGCUCGCCUUUUACCCUAAAGCUUAUCGCAUCAAGGCCGACCGAGCUCGCAAGGGCUUACCGGAUCUCUCGGAGGAUACACUCGCGCUCGGUGGACCCGGCGACGAGAACCAACCUCGCUCCCGCUUUGCCAUCGUUCUCGAACAGUUCGACAACCUUCCCGCCGUCUUUUCGUUCUGCCGCCUCAUCCAGCAGUCCGGUGAUACUGCUCUCUCGCUCGUCGACUCGGCGGACGAGAAGAAAGAUAAGGAGGCCGAAGCCGUCGAGGGUUCCUCCGCCCAGGGACACGAGAGCGGCUCGCCACAGGGCUCGACCCCUUCGAUUUCGGCCCUCCGUCUCAUCGAGCUGACGGAUCGUACCUCGGCCCUGCUCAAAGCUUCCGAGUCGCAAGAAACCUUGAUCCGCGCUGACAGCUUGACGCGCGUGUUCCACUCCUUCGCCCGUGGGCUCGGCCUGUCGACGUCGCUCUCUCUGUCUAUCACGUCGCAAGAGACGUACGCGUCCGUCGUCGCUGGCCACUCGCAAGAGCAUGCCUCGGACGUCGUCGUGUUGCCCUGGGUCUUGCCGACCCGUCAAGCCGAACAAGGUGUGAUCGCCUCGUACCUGCCGAACCCGUUCGAUAGCAUCUUUGGCAACGACGCUUCGGCCGCUUCGGGCUCGUUGGCGUACGCCUCGUUCGUGCGCAAGGUCUUUGCCGAUGCGACGUGCGAUGUCGCCCUCUUUCUCGAACGAGGCUCCCCCGCCGCCGAUGCUGCACCUUUGCUCGCGGGACGGGCCCACCUCUUUCUCGCUUUUCACGGCGGUUCCGACGAUCGAGCGUGUCUCAACAUGCUCUUGCAACUCGUCGCUCGCCACUCGGGUCUCUCAGCCACGGUCGUCAAGAUCGAGCGAGCGGCCGAAGCGACGGCGGCCGACCAGGCCUUGUCGACCAAGAAUAACACCCGCGAUGACUCUUCGAGCUCGAUCGACGCCCCCGCACUUUUGUCGCAGUUCACCAUCCACGGCGGUGGAGGAGCGGUCGACACGAUCUACCCGACGCAGAACGAAUUGACGUCGCAGACGGCGGAUGAGAUCCUCCUCGCGAGGUACUUUGACCCGUCCCUCGCUCGAUCGCAGGCUUUGACCGAUGCGCUCUCCCGCGUCAAGUACGAAACGAUCCAAACCGUCCAACCGUUGCAUCUCACCCUCGCCAGGGCGCGAGCGACUUCAGCUUCCUUACCCAAUAACGUCCCCUUUGUGCUCAUCUCUGGCCGAUCAAGGAAAGACGCCCCUUCGCACGCGAGCGAAUUGACCGACUUGCUCAAGCAGAACCUCGAUCGCGUGGCCGGGGGGUGGCAAACUCGUCCGAGGUGAGGAGGUCCUUGGGCGACGUCGCGGUGGGUUAUGUCGUGGCUGGUAUCGAGGCGUCCAGUUUGUUGGUCUUGCAGGCCAAGGGCCAAGGGGGUAAGAUUAAGAAUCGUGGCGCUUAA